AUGGAACAAUCCUUCAGUGAUCGCGUUCGGUCUGUUUUGGGAGAAAAUUCGUCGACGCCUGCAGAAACCGGAGACGGUUGGUUUUCACGGUUUCGACAGUCAUUGCCUUGGGCAGAUGGUUACACGGCUGUCCCGACCACGACGAAUUCGGAUUCUGAUGCGUUGUUCAAUCGGUCUGACUUUACCUUAAGUCGAUGGGAACGUAUCUUGCUUUUUGCACUUUGUCUUAUUGGAAGUAUCACUUGUUACACAGUUGCCUGCUUUAUGUUCCCUACACUUGUUCUCCGUCCUCGAAAAUUUAUUUUGCUCUGGACGUACGGCAGCAUUUUAUGUGUUUUGGCCUUUGCUAUAUUGAUCGGCUUUAAAGCUCAUUUUGUUCAACUGGUUUCUUCUGAACGUCUUCCUACGACUCUCGCUUAUUUCUUAACAUUGGCAUGCACGCUUGUUUCGACGGUAAAGCUUCAUUCCACCAUUCUCAGCAUCGUUUUUGGUGUCAUGCAUUUGUUGGCCCUUAUCGCGUACAUUGUCGCCUUCUUUCCCUUUGGAGCGCGCACAGUUUCGCUUGGCUCACGCAUUGCCUCUCGUUCUCUUUCCAACUGGCUUCCUUAA